AUGUGUGUGGUGUGUGUCUUUCCAGGCUUGCAAUCAAGUAAGCACUUGUGCCACGUGUGCAAUAAGAACUUUUCCUCGAGCUCCGCCUUGCAAAUUCAUAUGAGAACACACACGGGCGAUAAGCCAUUCAGGUGCAGCGUGUGCCAGAAGGCUUUCACCACCAAAGGAAACCUCAAGUUAAGUGACAUGUCCUCAUUGGGUCCUACCCAGAACGGUUUGGGGCCGUCUGCGAAAUACAGGGCGUUGCUCGGCUUUGGGUACCCGCCACCUGAAAGUGUUCGCCCCGCGAUAAACUCGCCCGAACAAAUGACCGACCGAGCGGCGAGCGAGUCGGAACCGAGGCCUGGAUUGUGGGAUUUGCAUUUCGAGCGAAAAACGACCGAAGCACCUCGAGAGGAUAUUUUGUCGGCUUCCAGGGAAGGUCUGACGACUUGA